AUGGUUGUGGUUGGGGAGGAUCAGUCGUCUCAGAUCCAGGCCAUCUGUACAGGAAUCCCUCAGGGAAAACCAGGGUCUUGUCCUCAGAAAAGUGUCGGAGUCCGUUUGUGUGGGGAAGCAUGUGCAGUCGAUAGUGACUGCCCAGGGAAUCAGAAAUGCUGUAAGAAUGGAUGUGGCCAUUCAUGCGUCACUCCCACGAAAGUUAAACCAGGCUCCUGUCCUGCUAAACCUGCUCGAGUUGGACCCUGUGUAGAAUUGUGCACAGGUGACAGUGACUGUAAAGGAAAUAAGAAAUGCUGCAGUAAUGGAUGUGGCCAUGCCUGCGUCUCUCCUCGCAACGUUAAACCAGGCUCCUGUCCUGCUAAACCUGCUCGAGUUGGACUCUGUGCAGAAUUGUGCACAGGUGACAGUGACUGUAAAGGAAAUAAGAAAUGCUGCAGUAAUGGAUGUGGCCAUGCCUGCGUCUCUCCUCGCAACGUUAAACCAGGCUCCUGUCCUGCUAAACCUGCUCGAGUUGGACUCUGUGCAGAAUUGUGCACAGGUGACAGUGACUGUAAAGGAAAUAAGAAAUGCUGCAGUAAUGGAUGUGGCCAUGCCUGCGUCUCUCCUCGCAACGUUAAACCAGGCUCCUGUCCUGCUAAACCUGCUCGAGUUGGACUCUGUGCAGAAUUGUGCACAGAUGACAGUGACUGUAAAGGAAAUAAGAAAUGCUGCAGUAAUGGAUGUGGCCAUGCCUGCGUCUCUCCUCGCAACGUUAAACCAGGCUCCUGUCCUGCUAAACCUGCUCGAGUUGGACUCUGUGCAGAAUUGUGCACAGAUGACAGUGACUGUAAAGGAAAUAAGAAAUGCUGCAGUAAUGGAUGUGGCCAUGCCUGCGUCUCUCCUCGCAACGGAAAACCAGGGUCUUGUCCUCAGAAAAGUGUCGGAGUCCGUCUGUGUGGGGAAGCAUGUGCAGUCGACAGUGACUGCCCAGGGAAUCAGAAAUGCUGUAAGAAUGGAUGUGGCCAUUCAUGCGUCACUCCCACGAAAGGAAAACCUGGGAUCUGUCCUCGGAGGCAUGGUGGAGUUGGAGUGUGUGCUGAAUACUGUACGGAUGACAGUGACUGCCCGGGAGAUGAGAAGUGCUGCAGUAAUGGAUGUGGCCAUUCAUGCACUGCUGCACAGAAAGUGAAACCAGGAAGAUGCACUCUGCCUCGGGGAACAAAGAUGUGUGCCGAAUUUUGCCAACACGAUGGAGACUGCCCAGCGGAACAGAAAUGCUGUAAAACCACUUGUGGACAUGCCUGCUCCGAACCUUGUUAGAUGCAUUCCUGAGCCCUGUCAGCAUCUCCCUGAAGUAUCGUUAUCGCUGUAGCAUGACCCUGUGUAAUCCCUGCUGAAAUAUUGUUUUGCUGAAAUUGUACCAGAGCUUUGCUGAAGCCCUGACAGAGUCUGAUAACAUUGGAAUAAUAUUGGAAUUCCUUCAGGAGCAUUUCUGGAGAAUCCAGAGGUUCACUGUUGCAGCCAAUCAAAUCACCUUUUUCCUCUUCAGUAUAAAUUGUUGUGAUAGUUUGAAAUUUGACAUUCUUGCAUUUAAUCCUGACAUGUAAGUGACAUGUCUCUCUUUUCAGCAACAGCUCUGUAUUAUCUGCAAAUGUUGAUACAUGUUUUCAUUUACAUACUUUUUCUAAGUUUUGAAGAACUGAAGCCCCAGCACUGAAUAUUACAACACUGCAUUGUUGUGCAGUGCACUGAUGAUUGUCCCAAUUAUCCCGACCCUCUGCUUCUUGUCGAUUAAUUAAUUCUCUACCCUUACGUUAACAUGGAACCCACAAUUUUAUAAACAAAGCUUUUGUAUACAUCUUAUUGAAUGCCUUUUGGAAAUCCAAAUAGGCGACAUCUACCUUUCCCCUCUAUUAACUCUCCUAGUUGCGCCCUCAAAAAAUAAACUUGAAUACAUUUGUCAAA